AUGAUUUCUGGAUGGGUUCGAGCGGUUGUCGAAAAAUCUCAAACUAUAUCAUCGAAGUUGUUAUUGCUCUCUCUCCCCUCUCGCCUCCAGCCGAGAACGACUUCUCAAGAAGAACAAGAAGGAGGAGGAGGAGAAGAAGAAGAAGAAUGGCGAUGUUUCAAUAGUUACACUAAUAACAACUGGAUGCAGAUGGCAGACAAUAAACAGUCUUGUUGGUCCGACCUUCCAAGUGAUAUAUUAUGCGAAGUUGUCAAUCGUCUCCCAUAUUGGGAUCUUAUUCGUUCUGCUGCCGUAUGCAAGACCUGGAGACUUGUCAUACAUAAGGUUCAUCUUCCGCAACGCUCCACAUUGCUUGUUCCAUACCUGAUGAGCUAUACCUGUAUUCUUGAUGGUAAACACAUACAUAGGUCGACUAAGAACCCUGUAGAGCUCGAGAUAUCACAUAAGUCUAAAAACUCUGUAGAGUUCUUAGACAUGGAGGGUGAAACUUACAAAUACACAGUCAGGGACUUGGACCGAACAGAACCAGGACCCUGUGAGUCAAAAUAUGGUUGGUUCCUUUUGUAUAGACGGCAAUUUCUCUACGUGCGCAAACAAUACUACUAUCUAUACAAUCCCUUUUGCAAUGAGGUUAUACAACUGCCCGGGUUAGAUUUGGAGAUGGAGCUUUAUGUAGACAUUGCAACAUUCACGACCCCUCCCACUUCUCCCAACUUUGUUAUCUUUGUCCUCUGCAAAAAGUAUCGACAUAAUACGGAUCGCAUCAUAUACACUUGCAAGCUCGGGGAUACAAGAUGGAGUAUUUGCAGAACUAGAUAUCACGGUUCUGUCACGGGAGUUACUUGUGUAGAUGGAAUUGUCUAUUGUACUUUUCCUCAGAAAAAUUUCUCCAAUGGUUCGACGUCAGUGUUUAUCUGUACCUUCGAUAUAGCACUUCAGAACUGGGUCAUGAACUAUACAUACAUAGAAAUAGAAGAUCAUAAUGAAAGCAGGACCUUUUACUUGGUUGAGUCGAUCGAUGGGAAGCUAUUAUUGGCAGUGUCUGACCUAGCUCAUGAUGCUAGUAGCCACUACUGGUUUUUGUAUCAAUUUGAUCGGUCAAGAAAAGAAUGGACUAGGAUACGAAGUUUGGGGCACCAGGUAUUGCUUCUAAGUAGUUCAACGUCAAUUGCUUGUGCCACAUUGGGAAAGGAUAGUAAAUUUUCAGACAUGAUAUUUCAUCUUAGCUGGGGAAGGGAGCCUUUUACUUUGAGCAGCGACGGUGUUUGGAGAAAGCCGUAA